AUGGCUCAAGUGAUUAAGCUUCAGCAAUGGUCCCAGGAACUGCAAAAAAUGAUCCUGCUCAAUCCCUUUCUAUGUCUUUUUCUCCUCUUCUCCCUUCUAUUUUUGCUGAGGCUAGCUAAAAGAGACAGAUCAAAUUUACCCCCAUCGCCACCAAAGCUACCCAUAAUUGGAAAUCUUCACCAGCUAGGCAGACUCCUUCAUAGAUCUCUCCAAAAGCUUUCUGCAAAUUAUGGCCCUUUAAUGCUUCUACAUUUUGGGAAAGCUCCAACUCUGAUCGUUUCAUCGGCAGAGGUGGCUCAAGAGGUCAUGAAAAGUCAUGAUGUAGCUUUUGCCGGCAGACCUCAAACAAGAGCUGCCGAUGCUCUCUUCUAUGGAUGCGUUGAUGUUGCAUUUUGUCCCUAUGGUGAGUACUGGAGACAAGUGAAGAAGAUUUGUGUUCUUGAACUUUUGAGCCAAAAAAGGGUUCAGGCAUUUCAAUUUGUGAGGAAGGAAGAAGUUGCAAACAUGGUGGAGAAGGUGCGGCUAUCAUGUCUCAACGGAGCUGGAGUAGAUCUUAGUGAUUUGUUCCUUAAUGUCUCGAACAACAUAAUAUCUAGAUCUGCUCUUGGUCGAGUAUAUGAAAAUGUAGGCGACGAUGAGAGUUUUGGAGGAUUGUAG